GUUAGUCAGUUCAGAGCCAGCCGUCCAACGGUGUAGUCACACAGAAAAUUCCUCGUUGGGUUCCCUUGGGUUUUGCACUUAAGCCAAAGUGUUUGGGUUUUCUUUGGGGUAACUUAAGUUUGUGAAGAUUCGAGUUUUUGAUUGGGACUUCAGUGACUUCCUUUGGGAUUCCGGAAGUUUGUUAUCAGUGAAAAGAGUCCUCUAAGUUUAUCGUGUUCAAAAGUGUGGGAACCAAAAUUAAAGUGGCAUAAAAAUAUAAGCGAGAAAUACGCAAGCCAGUGCAAAGGAAUACGCGAUCCGUUGAAGAACGCCAAGUUAAAAGAAAGUCGUUGAAAAACAAAGCACAAGACGAACGAUCUUUUCCCAGUGCCCGAUCAGUUGUUGUUGUUUGUUCGUUCGAAGUUCGAAGCCUGGGAACGAAAGGUUGGAAGUAUAAUAAAAACUGUUAUGUGUGAUUAAUUCAGUCGCGAGUUUUGGAACGCGCGCGCCUCUUCGAGAGUGUGCUUAACUGGGAUUUAUCAUCUGGAAUUUUACCGGUCCUCUAUGGGUGUACUGAACGUGAUCAGUUCCGGUGUCGGUGCAGCAGCAGUCGAGUGCCAGCCAGCGGCGUGCAAGAAGAGCGAUAACAUCUUCUCGCCGAUCAAGAACAAGAUGAAAGUGCUCAAGAAGAUCAAGAAACGGAUGGGACUAGCUCCCCGCAGUGCAUCGUCCUGUCCCGGCCCAAAUAAUCUGCCGCCUCUACAGUUCCACAGUGUGCACGGAGACAACAUUCGAAUCUCCCGCGAUGGAUUCACAGCCCGGCGGUACGAAUCGUUCUGCAAGGGCAUCGCCUUCAGCGCUCGGCCAGUUCGAGUCAACGAGCGAGUCUGCGUCAAGUUCCUCGAUAUGUCCAACAACUGGAGCGGAGUUAUCCGGUUCGGAUUCACCUGCAACGAUCCCGCCACACUGCGUGGAAAUCUGCCAAAGUAUGCCUGCCCGGAUCUAACCAACAAGCCCGGAUUCUGGGCCAAGGCUUUGAACGAGCGAUACUGUUAUCGUAACAACGUUCUGUUCUACUACGUGACCCCUUCCGGGGAUGUCCACUUCGGAAUCAACGGCGAGGAGAAGGGAGUCUUCAUCACCGAUGUUGAUGCCCGCGGACCCCUAUGGGCUGUGAUCGAUAUCUAUGGUAAUAGCACAGCCGUUGAGCUGCUCGAUUCCCGCAUCUACAUGUUCCAGCAACAGCAGCAGCAACAGCAUCACCACCAUCAGCAUCCGUCAACGGCUCAAGGCCAAACCUGCGGCCGUCGCUCUGCCGAUCAAGAAAUCAUCCCCCAGAUGGAAUCACUCAACAUCAAUCAGCACAACCAACAGCUGCUGGAAGAACGACCCGUCGCAGCACCUGCAGUAGUCAACAACGCAGCAAACAUGCGAUACAACAGCCCUGCACCAGGACUACUACCACUUCCGUUCCAUCCCGUCCGAGGCCGUAACAUCAAGUUCUCAGCAGACCGUUCAAUCGCCAACCGAGUCGAAACGGAAUUCUGCCAAGGCUACGUCUUCACUCCCCGUCCAAUCAAAAUCGGCGAACGCCUCAUCAUCCAGAUCCUUAAAACCGACAACAUGUUUGUAGGAUCGUUAGCCCUCGGCCUAACCUCCUGCGAUCCAGCCACCCUCCAACUAACCGACCUCCCAGACGAUUCCGACCUGCUGCUAGACCGUCCGGAAUACUGGGUCGUCAGCAAAGAUGUCGCCACCACGCUGGUCCGUGGAGACGAACUCUGCUUCUCGAUCUCCGUCACCGGCGAGGUCUCGAUCAGCAAAAACGGCGGUCCCGGUUCCGUCAUCAUGCACAUCGACCAGAGCCUGCAGCUGUGGGCCUUCCUGGAUGUGUACGGAUCCACCCAAAGUGUUCGCCUCUUCAGCCACACCAUCCCUGCUCCGAUUGCGGCCGCUUCCUGCUCGGCCCUGUACGAACCACGCACCCUUUCGGCUUCAACCAGCCAGCGUAGCCUCCAGGUUGCAUCCAUGACCGCAGCAGCCGUCCAACAACCACAGUCGGUUCAACAUCAACCACAACAGCACCCGCAGCAGCAAACCAUCCGCCCGGACAUGAUCCAGAUCAAUCCCGGUGGCACCGUUCUGGUUGUGAACCUACCGCCAACCGAAGUCAUCUCGCCGGCUUCCUCACAAGCCUCGGUCGUCCAGCAUGCACAGGCUUCCAUCAUUUCACGCGGAGGUCUCCCGAAUUCGGCCUCCACCCUGUCCGUUCCACUUUCGACACUAUCGCUAUCCUCGCAUACCGGCUCUUCGACCGGUGAACUUGUUCCGGCUUACAGUUAUCCAGAGCCUCUUCCGACCUACAACAAUGCUUCCAACUACUCAGCGCUUGCCGCCGCGGCCAGUUCCGGCAGCAGCAGCAGCUGCAACACUCUUCCCGCCCUUCCCCCCAUGAACCCGCACCACCAGCAGCAGCCCUCGUCCUGUGCGUCCGCUGCCGGUCAACCGAUCUACAGCUCGACCGGUGUCGACUGUACCAUCUGCUUCGAAAAGCCGAUCGACUCGGUCCUAUACUCGUGUGGGCACAUGUGUAUGUGCUAUGACUGUGCCAUCAAGCAGUGGCGCGGCAUCGGCGGCGGACACUGUCCCCUGUGCCGGGCCGUCAUCCGGGACGUGAUCCGAACCUACAAAUCGUAAGAACCGAUCAUCGGAUCAACAGUUCGACACACACACACACACAGUCAUCGAUACCAAAUCGAAGCGAAAUGAAAUGUGAUUCUUAUUCCAAAAACAAAAGAUUAAAGCAAAACAAAAAGCAACAUACAAAGAAAAGCAACAUUUGAAGGCAUUACGAAGAAGGAGUAGCAGAAGGAGCAAAGCUUAGUAGUAGACAAAUAAAAAGUAAACCUUUCGGAAAACAUUCUGGUCAAAAUUAAACACUUAUAUUUUAUGCGAAUAAAUUAUAAAGUAGUCAAAAUUGUAAUCAAGGCAAAGCGAGGAAGCUUAUAGUAGCGUAGCCAGUGGAAACAAGCAUGAAAUGAUUAUUCGUUUUGAAUGUGUCGUUUUUUUUAAGAAACGACCACUAGGAAGGAGAAGAAGGAAUUGUUAUCAGUGCAGAGCUGCAGCAGGAGGUGUUAGUUUCGUUUCCUCAUCAUUAAGAUCGUUGACGAUUGCAUUAACUAGUGUGUAAGUUUGUAGGGAAAACAUUUGCUAAACUAUGAUGAAACCAAAAAGAACAAACGCAAACUUAUGUAGUCUUGUAGAGAAAACAAAGGAAAAAAGUGUUUCCAUCAAGGACACGAAGGAAUUUGCCAAAAAAACGGAAAAUCAUGACAAACCACACGAAUUGUAUUUUUUUUGGAAAAUUCAUAACACAAAGGAGUGAGAAUCAACUUUAUUUUGUAAAUCUUUUUCAGUUUUUGUCGAUUGAAAAAAGUCAAAACAUUUCAGUAUGACCUCACCUUUAAUUUUUCAUACAAGUGAACAUGCACAGUUAUAGAAAGAACAAAAAACCUAAAACAAAAAAAAAAUCUAAUUUACAAAAUUUAUUCCAUCUAGUCACAAGAAAUCUUAACCUACUUAUAUCUAAAACUGAGAGCGAUGACCCAAAGGAAGAUGUAGUAAAUAAGCAUCCCUCCCCUAAAACAACCCAUGACUCCCCGAUUCGGGAAACAUAGCAUGGUUCCAAUUAUUUAUUUCAAUGCUUAUUUUUAAUAACUUUUUAUCAAUAAACACCUACUUAUAUAAAUUUCUGCUUUAGUUCAACCUCUUAUAUUCACUAUUAUAGAUACAAAAGAAAAGAUUCAAAGGACUCUGAGAAAAGUAUUGAACGAAAGUAAUUUAUGGCUAAAAUGUUGAGUAGUUGUUGAGAAAAAACAAACAGAUAGAAUGUGCGCUGCCACCCGUAUAAUUGUAUAGUGUUAGUAGCAGUGAUAAAAUUGGGCUAGACUCGCGGUAGCGGCGAUGCCGAACGCAUGCAGAGUUGAUGGUAAAUCCAUGAUUAAUUUAUUGUUAUAUCCCUUCUCGACAUUUACAAACUAUGUAGCAGACAAACAAAUCCCCUAUUUUUAAUAUAGUUGAAAACAAUUUAAAAAGCAAAAAACAAUAUGACUAUAAAAUACAAACUCAUUGUGCUAAAAAUUAAA